AUGGCAAAUCUGAGCCACCCUUCUGAAUUUGUCCUCUUGGGCUUCUCCUCUUUUGGCAAGCUUCAGGUUCUGCUGUAUGGACCCUUACUCAUGCUUUAUCUUCUUGCCUUCGUGGGAAACACAGUCAUCAUAGUCAUGGUCAUAGCAAACACCCACCUACAUACGUCCAUGUACUUCUUUCUGGGUAACUUUUCACUGCUGGAGAUCUUGGUAACCAUGACAGCAGUGCCUAAGAUGCUCUCAGACCUGCUGACUUCCCACAAAGUCAUUUCCUUCAAUGGCUGCAUGGUCCAGUUCUACUUCUACUUUUCCCUGGGUUCCACCUCCUUCCUCAUCCUGUCAGACAUGGCCCUUGACCGCUUUAUGGCCAUCUGCCACCCACUGCGCUAUGGCACUUUGAUGAGCUGGGCUGUGUGUGUCCGGCUGGCAGGAGUUGCCUGGGCAGCUCCUUUCCUGGCCAUGGUGCCCACUGUCCUCUCCCGGGCUUAUCUCAAUUAUUGCCAUAACAACAUCAUUAACCACUUCUUCUGUGACAAUGCACCUCUGCUACAGCUGUCCUGCUCAGACACCAGGCUGCUGGAAUUCUGGGACUUUGUGAUGGCCUUGGCCUUUGUCCUCAGUUCCUUCCUAGUGACCCUCAUCUCCUAUGGCUAUAUUGUGACCACUGUGCUGAGGAUCCCGUCUGCUAGUGGCCGCCAUAAGGCUUUCUCUACAUGUGGGUCACAUCUCACCCUUGUCUUCAUUGGCUACAGCAGCACCAUCUUCCUUUAUGUCAGGCUUGGCAAAACACAUUCUGUGGAAGUCAACAAGACCGUAGCCUUGGUGACAUCGGUCCUCACUCCCUUUCUCAAUCCCUUUAUCCUUACCUUCCGCAAUGAGACAGUCAAGGCAGUGCUACAGGGGCAGAUGCAGAGGCUUAAAGGCCUCCACAAGGGACUAUGAUGAGCCUGAGGAAACUGGCCAACUUCUGUCCAGCAGGUCUAUGAGGAUAGGAGGCAAAACACGAGGCUGGGUGGGAAGACCACUGCUGAAUCUCUUCAAGUUGUUUCCUCUGUGCUUCUGUGUGAUAACUACAGGGAAUCUUCAGUGCUCAGUGUCUGGCUCUCACAGGCCACCAUGGAAGUGCUCCCCACACCCAAUGGCAGCUAUAAGAACUCUAAAAAUAGCCCAGAUCCUGGGGAUCCAGAAGUAAGACUUUCAGUACCAGAACAUACAUGAGUUUUCCAUUGAAGAACAGCAGGAAGUAUUCCCUGAUCAAGACAUAUUAUCCAGCCCAGGGGUGUGUGUGUGUGUGUGUGUGUGUGUGUGUGUGUGUGUGUUAAAUUCCUGAAAGCUUUGGGAUGAAACCUCAGCUCCACUGCCCUUCGUUCCUAACUAUAAUCUGCAAUUUUAAAAGCCCUCCAGUUGGGGCACCCGGGUAUCUCAGUCAGUUGAGCAGCUGACUUUAGGUUUCAGUUUAGGUCACAAUCUCAUGGUUCAUGAGAUUGAGCCCUACCUUGGGCUCCACACUUAGCAGGGAGUCUGCUUCAAGUUUCUUUCUGGCCU